AUGUCCGGUCCCAACGCUGCAUUUACUGAGCUCGCCCAGAUUUUCCGCAACAGGAACGGUCGGAUUCUCGAGUUCGAGAUCCUUCCCCCGGCUCUUGGGCCACUCCUGCAAGAUGGGUGUUCGAUAGGGAUCACGAAAAAGUACAUGGCGCAGGCUUUUGUGGCUGCCAGGAAGAUUUUCUUCUCGGAUUCGGUUCUGAUUUCGGGAUCUAGUCCCUCAAAUAAAAGUCCAGAGUCGGACAACCGUCUUGACGACCUCUCCGUGUCUUCGGAGAUCAUCUUGCUGUUCGACUGUGAACAUACUACGGCGUGCAAUUGGCGUAAGAAACGACUACGUGACAUGAUGCAAAGCCUCGGGUUGACCAACCCCGCAAGUCGAGAGGCGCUCAUCAGUCUCCUUCAUUCGGAACUCACGCUCAUGACGACCUAUGUGUGUUCUCCGCUACGACGACAUACCAAGUCUCCCACGCUGUGGGAGCAUCGGCUCUGGGUCCUGAAGCACCUGCUCUUCAUCCGGAGGUCUGGAGGGACAUCGGGUGCACCUCAGACACCAGAUUGCGAGGCUACUGCCGAGCUCUGGGAGCAGGAGCUUACUACUGUUUUGCGCGCCGGAGAGCUCCACCCGCGCAACUAUUAUGCAUUUAGUUACAUUCGAGAACUCCACGAUGUUCUCUCGUUGGGCACGGACAAUUUGUGCGAUUGUUAUCUUCAGCUCGGUCGUCGGGCUGUCGAUCCUACGUUGACCUGGUGCCUGGCGCAUACGACCGACAUCUCUGGUUGGAUGUUCCUUUUAUACCUGUUAGGAACUGUCCCAGAUCCCACCCUACGGACAGACACCGUUCGCAAGGUGGUGUGCUUUGCGCGAGAUGUUGGAUGGGAAGGCGAGAGUCUCUGGACGUUCGUGGACCUGGCUGUCUGCGCAUUCGAUCUCUUUUUACCCGUCAAGAAUGAACUGUGUCCGGCUCAUAACGCCAGUAGCGAGGAUGCUGCGAAGCCAGGGACCGGAUGGAAGGGCUGGCUAGCCAUGGCGAAGGCUUAUUGGACAGCGAACCGAUGA